AUGCAGCGCAUAAGUGGAGACCCAGACAUUCCGUUCGCUGACAUUCUUGCGCCAACAUCGACUCCCGAGAACCCAGACCGCGAGGUGUCUGUCCCACCGCCCACCUACGCAACCCAGCCUGGCUUCCGUUACGACCUUUCCAGCAUCACGACAGGCAACAGGCCUCUGUUCCUUGCAGUAACGGACGAAGCUGGAGAAGCUGCAAGUGAGCUGGCUAGGAGUUCGUCGCUGGACCCAGGACAAGCUUCCGCGGUGGUCUCAUGUCUAUCGCGGAGUGUUGCACUCGUUCAAGGGCCACCUGGUACGGGCCAGUCCUACACUGGCGUACAGUUGAUCCGGGUGUCGCUUGCGAAUAAGAAGGCAACCGGCAUUGGACCAAUCCUCGUCUGCACUCACACCAAUCAUGCACUGGACGCAAUACUGGAGCGUUCUGUCGACGAUGGCGUGUUGGGAAUCGUGAGAAUCGGUGGCCGAUCGAAGUCUGAGCGGCUGGAUGAUGUCAACCUACGUGUCCUUGCUCAAAGCCUUGACUUGACGAAGACGGAGAAGGCCGAGCGUUGGAAGCUCCUUCAACAGACGAAAAAGGAGACCGAAGAAAUCAACAAGAUCUUGGACGCACUCAACUCCCUCGGAAGCGAGACCAUGGUUAAGGCACAUCUCCGUGAACACUAUCCAUACCGCCACGACCAGAUCUUUGCGCCCAACGAGGACGGCUGGAUCACUGUAGGGCGCAAGCAGGAAACCAUCCUCGACUUGUGGCUGAGGACCGGGUCGCUGGGUCGAUGGCGCGCCCGCCCUUUCGAAGAGCUGCAAGAGGUCCAUUGCUCCGAGAUGACAGUUGCUGAAAAGAGGGUCAUGUUCAAGUCGUGGGUGUCAGAGAUCCAGGACGAGCUUGGAGAGAGGCUGCGUCACGCUCUGUCUUCUUACAAAGAGGCGAAGCACAACCUCGACAUGAUCAGAGCAGAGGUGAACCUCCACGUUCUCCGUCAGGCGAGCAUCAUCGGCAUCACUACCAGUGGUCUGGCUCGCAAUCUCGAUCUCCUGCAUGGAGUGGACCCCAAGUUGCUAAUCUGCGAGGAAGCCGGCGAAAUUCUGGAAGCCCAGAUGCUUACGACCCUCCUACCCUCCGUCUGUCACGUGAUACUGGUUGGAGAUCAUCAGCAGUUGCGGCCCCAAGUGCAGAACUUCGAACUCUCGACCGAGAGUCACCAUGGAGGGCAGCGCAUGCAUCCCUCCAUCGCGCAGCUCGUCCGCACGACGCAAUACCCACGUUUACGAGACGACCCGUCUGUUGCUCAGUACCCUGAAGUCGUCGGCAUGCGGAAACGCCUUUUCUGGAUGCAUCAUGAUCAGCUUGAAGACGACAACGACAGUAGUGGUCAGUCCACGUCGCGCACCAACGCAUACGAGGUCGACAUGGUCGCAGCCCUUGUCAAGCACAUAUUUCUGCAAGGCGUGUACAAACCGGCUGACAUCGCGGUGCUUACUCCGUACCUCGGUCAAUUACGCAAGCUUCGCCAAAGGUUCAGCAGCACGCAUUUGAUCAUCCUGAACGAUCGUGACGCGGCCGAUCUCGAGAAAAAAGGAGAAGAGCCAGGUGAUGGUGGCCUUGCCACAGCCGCAGCAGACCCAAAUCGGCCUGUCAAAGGAUCCCUCAACCAAGCCUUGCGUCUUACCGCUGUGCCGACUCUUGCCAUCAGGGCCGUUCUUGUCGGCUGUGUCAGGCUCGCUGCGAUUCGGAGUGCUCGCAUGGACGCUGCAACAAGAAAUGUUCAGAGCCGUGCGUCCCGUGCUCUGAGGAUCUGA